UUGAUACUUCCUAUGGAAUCACCAGAAGUCAAACCUAAUAAAAGAAAUUUUUCAAAAAAGCUUCCACAUGAAGGAUUUAAUUAUAUUGUUGAAAGAGUAAAUGAAGAAGGUAAAAAGAAGUAUUGGCGAUGUGAACAUUACCACAGAAAGGGACAGAAAUGUGCUGGAAGGUUGCAUACAAAUAUGGAAGAUGAAGUUUUGUCAGUGAUUGGGGAACAUACUUGUGAUCAAUUUGUGGAAGAACCUGUUCAAGUUAAACCAGACAAAACAAUUAAACGUAAAGCUGCUGAAGAUUUAUUUCGGAUUCCAUAUCAACAAGAGAUGUUUGAAACGGAAAAUAUUUUACUCUCAAAGAGAGGACGACCCAAGUUUCACCAUAACGGAUUUCUUUACUGCUUUGAAAAGAUGAAUAGUGAUGGAGAUAUUCGAUUUUGGAAGUGUGAAUUCUUUAAUUCAAAACAUGUUAAAUGUCGUGCUCGUCUUCAUACUGAUUUGGAACAUAAUGUAGUUAGAGAAAUGGGUGUUCAUAUUUGCCCUUCUGAUGAAGAAAAUGUUGAACUUCAACGAAUGAUAAGUGAAAUUAAACGAAGAGCACUUGAAACUAGUGAACCUGCUAGCGUCUUGAGGGAAUAUACUAUUCAAAGUUCGCCAGCAGAACUUGUAUCUUUAUUGCCUAGUAAAGAUGCUGUUAGAAAGAUUGUGCAACGUGUAAGGAAAGAAAGACCACCUUCAAUGGCUGCCAAAACUUGCAAAUUUGAACAAAUUUAUGGGGGAGAAGAGAUUAAAGACGAACGGUAUAUUCCUGAAAAUGUUGAAGAACAUGAUUAUGAACAACCGAAUUUUCCGAAACGUAUAAUUAGAAAACAUGAUAUUUAUAAUGUUGGUUCUACUAGUGCUGAAGAGUUUGAAUCUGCCAUACGUACUUCCACAUUAAAUGCAGAAGCAGAUGCUUUUGGUGCGCAUGUUGCUGACUUUCUUCGAAAUUUGUCACCAUCUUGUAUGUAUAGAAUGAAGAUUAAAUUUGAACGUUUGAUGCAAUCAAGUAUGCCUAGAAUUGAAGAAAUUGAAGGAAAAUUUUGA